AUAACUUCUUGACAAGCAGCCAAUUUAUUACGUUCCUAAUGUUGCUUCAAAACACACUUUUUGCUAGUCUCCAUUCCAACUUACUCCGGACGAUGACGAUGUAAAUGCUUUUGUGCAGAUGCUAGCAGCGCCAGAGCCACUGAAGCUCUUUGGAAAAGCUGGGAACUCCAGCCUUGGGCCAUCUUUUACGUCAGGAGAUAGUCUUUCAUUCUCAACGCUCAGAAACAGGACAGCGCUAGACCGAUUUCAGCAACUUAAGCAGAGUAAUGCCAAUCUGUCAGACUCAAUGUCUGCAAGCCAAUUGAUUACCAAGGAACAGCAGCAAGCGGGGUGUUCAACGCCUUUGGCAAUCGCAACAGGACAUCUCAAUAGACAAUCGGCUGUGAGUGAUAUGGGUCCCAAUAGCUCCAGUGGUGCUCUGUUUAGUUCUUCGGCAUCAUCAAAUGUAAAUAGACAUUCACAGUCAUUCUCGCACCAGCCACCAACGCCCUCUCCUCUGCAUUCUGAAAUCCCAGUCCAUCCCCAAUCGAGUUCUCAGCCACUUCAAUCUCGGUCGACAGCCGGUUCAAACAGUAGCGGAAUAAGGAGGCAGUCCUGGUUGAUAGGAGGAAGCAGUAGUAGUGUUGGCAGCGCCAGUGGGCCUCAGCAAGACAAUUAUCUUAAGGGUCUCAAUGUAGGCAGUAUUGCUUUCCGACAUGGAAGUCUGGAUCAACGAAGGAGCAUUUUAGAUAUGGAGGAAGCAAUGGAUCGGAUGACUGUCGCCACUCCGGAAGGCAUCGCUUUUGGAUCAUUUCCAGAGGAUGUCCAUCAUCAGCAUUCUCUUUAUUCCGCCCCAUUAGAUGCGGAACGAGAUAGGAAAAGCUUGGUUGCUAACAUCUACCCAAUCUUAGAUUUACCUUUUGGGCCUGAUCCAAGGCCGAUUCCAUCACAUAUGAGCGGAGAGAUAACCAAUAGUAGUCGGCCUAAUCGAUUGCUACGGUUAAAUAAUGGAUUGAAUGGGACAGGCUUUACGUUACCAAGGCUUCGUACGCGCGCGCCAGAUGAUAAUGAGCCUCUGAAUGAAGUGAACCCUACAGAUAUCGGCAGUAGCCAACGGGGCGAACGGGACAGUCAUGGUGAUGAUGACGAGGAUGAAGAUGAAGAGGGUGAUAUCCAAGAGAUAGGAUUGAGGGGUGAUCGGAGCUAUAAGCAUGAAGCAAAUACAUGUAUUAAUGACGACGACGACAUGCUGUUCAUCAUGAGCGAGCUAAGUCCCACUUCAAAUUUUGGACAGGAGCCUAUCAUGACAGCGGUUGGCGGAUCUCAUGAUCGAGCGAUGCUUCCUUUAACAGGUGCUAUGUUGAAUUUGCGAUCACAAUCACAGUCUCCUUCCUUAGGGCCCCAUGGCGGCUCUAGCAAUGGGGGCACGCCUUCAUCAUCAUCUCCUCACCUUCGGAUCUUUGGCAGGAAUACAAUCGGUCAUAGUGGCAGCAAUGUUGGUGCAGCAGAGAGUAACAACAACAAUAGCGCCAGCAAUAGGUCUGGCAGUGCUCACCAUAGCCGAGUUGGUUCGAGUAGCGGAAGCAAUACUAAUAACCAUAACAGUUUCGAAAACCUGGGCUUAUUGCGUCGACCUGGAUCAGGUUCGGGGUUUGUGGACGACUUCAACUUGCCUUCAGCAUCUUCAACGCCCCCGCCUUUCCCUGGAUUUGUAGCUGGCGCAAGUAUAGGUACAUUUGAUGCUGUAUUAGAAGGGAGGCAGAUGAGCCGUGGAGGCAGUGAGCGCGACAUUGGUAGUGGUGCCAAUAGUGGUGGCCACAACAGUUUCCAUUCUGACUCUCGCGGAGGACGUAUUGAAGGGUGGUAGAUUAUCAUCAUUCAAAUAUCUAUAACCUUAAUAUAAUAUUAGCUUUGUAUAAAAUCAUAUAUUCCUUUAUAUCUUGAAAUCAGGUUUUCUACAGAAGA